AUGGAUCGGAUAAUAACAGAUUCUAGGGAAUGGAAGUUAAAGAAAAGGGACGUUUGCCCCCAGCCUAGAAGGAACGUUUCCUCCAGAGACCUAGGCUGUGGGCGCCAAUUCCAUGACGUCCACGUCCGCGGGCUGGUCAGUUGGAAGAGUCAGAGCGGCCAUCCCCAGCACGAGCCACGUCCAGGCCUCCGCAGAGACCCUCCUGCAAUGCCUGAAGCCCUAGUGAAAGUGGAGCCCCAGGCCAUGCAGGCUCAGCCUGCGGGGAGCACAGUGUCCGGGGAGGCCAGGGAGGCCAGGGAGGCCAGGGAGGCCAGGGAAGCCAAGGAGGCCAGGAAGACCAGGAGAAAAUCCCGGUUUAUCAGGGCGCUUUCAAUUUCCGUGAUCAAGUUCCACAAGAAAAGAAAGAAGGCUAGGUCCCAACCCUCUGUUAAGAAGCGGGGAGAACAGAAUGAAAAUUUGGAGAAGAUCCGGAGCUUGUGCUGGAAAAUCAUUCCCAGCUGUCCACAACUUAAUAAUAUCCGCUGCUUUAUGGUUUUCUUCUGCAUCGUGCUGAUAUCUCAGGGUAUUGUGUUUGGUCUCAUAUCUCUGAACAUCAGCACGCUUGAGAGUGGCAACCGUCUGAGAGCCGCUGAGAGCAUGUUGUUGUCCUCAACUUAUGAUAUUUCAUCCUGCCUGGUAGUCCUCCUUAUAUCAUACUAUGGAGGGAAAGGAAACAUACUAAAGUGGAUUACAUUUUCCUCCUUUUUAAUAGGAUUUGGAUCACUUUUCUUUGCUCUUUCUUACACUAUUGGUGAAAAUUAUCAACUGAAUAUCGAAACUGAAGAUAUUUGCAAAGAAACGAAGGUUUUGAAAGCUUGCAAGAGACACAUAUCAUUUCGAUCAAAAUAUGUAAUUUUCUUCCUCCUUGGGCAGACUAUGCAGGGAAUAGCAGGAAUGCCUCUUUAUACCCUCGGAUGGGUCUUUGUCCAUGAGAACGUUGCCACACACUCCGCUGGUAUUUAUUUAGGCCUUGCCCACGCUUCGGUAACAAUUGGAUAUGCUUUAGGUUAUGCCAUAGCAGCACCCAUACAUGGGAACCCUGAGAAUAGUACUUUUGUUAACAGCAAUGAAGACAGUAAUAAUGGUGAACACUGGCUGCAGACUUGGUGGAUUCGUUUUGUUUUUGUUUCAGUCAUUGCGUGGUCCACAAUAGUACCAUUCUCAUGCUUUCCAGAGCACAUACAAGGUACAGCAAAGAUGAACUCUGGGAAGCACAAGAAGGUUCCUUUGUUGGAGAGGAAAUACAAAGAUCAGGAAUCUGAAGCUAGCAUCAAAGAUUUAUUUGCUUCCAUUUGGAUACUGAUAAAGAGUCCAAUCUUUAUAUGCUUGUCUCUGACCCAAGCUUCAGAAUCUUUACUUAUGAUUGGAGCUUCUGAAAUUUUGCCUAAAUAUCUAGAAAAUCAGUUCAUAUUAAAUCCUCAUCAGGCAGCUACAAUUUCAGGACUUGUUCUAAUUCCAGGAGCUGCAAUUGGAGAGAUGCUGGGAGGUGUCAUUGUUUCCAAGUUACAUAUGUAUUGUAAAGGCUAUAUGAGAUUUGUAAUGGUUACAUCUGCUAUAUCACUUGUACUGGUUUUAUUUUCAUUUUUUGUACACUGUAAUUCCAUACCAUUUGCUGGAAUCAAUGAAGAUUAUGGUGGAACAGGGAAGUUGGGAGACCUGACAGCUCCUUGCAAUUCUCGUUGUAAAUGCUCGACGUUUUAUUCUCCUGUGUGUGGAAGAGACAAUAUUGGAUAUUUUUCUCCUUGCUUUGCAGGUUGUAAAUAUUCUAAAGGAGUAAAUAAUCACAAGACAUAUUUUAAUUGUUCAUGCAUUACUGAUGGAUUAACAAACUCAGAUGAUGAUGGUGAUUUUAUUGAUGCUAGAUCUGGGACAUGUGAUACAAAGUGCUAUAAAUUACCUCUGUUUGUCGUUGUUAUCUUCUCCACACUUAUAUUUGCCGGUUUUUCUAAUAUACCAAAUGUGCUGACCAUUCUUCGGAUCGUACCCAACAAACAACGUUGUCUGGCCUUGGGCCUGAGUUUUGUGCUUUUGAGAGUAUUUGGGAGUAUACCUGGACCAAUAGUGUUUAAAAUAGUAGGAGAAAGCUCUUGUACCUUUAGGGACAGUGGACGCUGCAGAAACAGAGAAAACAGAGAACACUGUUGGAUCUAUGACAAGACAAAGAUGGCCUACCUGGUUUUAGGAAUAUGCUUUUUUUGCAAAGUAUUCACUAUCUUCUCCACUGGUAUUGCCUUUGGCCUAUACAAAUGUUCAGUGAAGGAAAAGAGUGAACUCAUGUCUAUACCUGUAAAAAUGCUAAAAUUUAAAAAAAAGAGAGUGAAGGAUGAAACUGAUUUCCAACUGGAUCAUCACUGA